CGUGGAUCCACCCCAUCGACGACAUGCCUAGCCUGGGCCUCGGAGACGACUGGCUUCACGCAGCCUCGAGCUCAGGAGUGCGGAGAUGGGGCAGAUGCCGCAGGAGACCUCUUCCGGCAUCAGCUAGCCUCGGGCUGGCCGGAGACACGGCUAACCGCUGUUCGGCGGUUACAUCGGCUCGACAGAAACACCGCUUGCCGUUCGAGGGGACGACGAAAAGGCCAUGCGACAUCGCGAACCCUGCAGCCGGGCGACGAGAAACGUAGAGAAAGGAGACCGGGCGAUUAG